GUCACUUCUUCAGAGCAAAUAAAUAACCAAAAUAAAAUUAACACAAAUUUAACUAGUACAAAGGAAACAAUCCAGAAUAUUUUUAGUACAAUCAAAGUAAAGUGUACGAUUUUUAGAACUCCCCUUUUCUAAUUCCCUCCUUCAUUUAUGGGAAGGCACUAUCAAUCCAGAUGCUGGUCGUUUGAGGGAAUCACCUCACCACCGUCACAUUUCGAUACAGCUAACAGUACAGCUUAAUCCUUGAACCUUAUGUUUACUGCUUUUAGUCGCACCGCUUCAAUCGAUCUACCCGGUCCGCCAGGACCUAAGUGAACAAGUCUUCUUCCCAAUACACCUCAAUCCAGGCUAUCACGAUAUGCAAGCUCAACCACCAAGUCAAGGUAGCAACUACAGUUGAAUUAAUGGGGUACUUACAUUCAGUUCUUCUUGAUAUUUCUAGUCUGUCUGUGUUCACUGAACUAAAGCAAGAACUUGACUUCAUACAUGUAAAGUAAUCACUUCAUUUUGUUUGCUUUACCUCAACUUGACUGGUAAAUCUUUUUUUAUUGAUGAUCAGCAAAAGUACACCACUAAUAAAUGUCAAAAAUAGGAUAAAAUAGAUGUACUAGAGUGUCUUAAACCAAGACGAAACAUAUAUCCAGUACACUUGUUUUCAUAAUUGUUCUGCGACUCAUGUUUGUUAUUAAACGGAAAUACUUCGGAAUUUAAAUCUCGUUUCCUAUUUGCCUAUUGCUCCAAUACAUAAUAACCAAAUGAUUUGUUUGACCUAAGUGAAAAUGGUAACAUCGAUAUUGUUAUUAUUAAUUGACGAUCGCACUGAAAGUCACUAGAAUAGACAAUGACCCAAGUUUAUGAAAUCCGUUACUGUUAUGCAAUCACGUCGUAAAUUAUUGAUGUCAUUUACUGAUUAUAUGGGGUGUUCUUAAAUCAAGUUGUAUUGCAUUGUUCAAAUAUUGUUCCACUAUCAUGAUCGACAUGAUUAUUUAUAUUACGUUUAUGUUAUUUAAUUUGAUAUUGAAACAUUUACACUAGUCAAACAACUUCACAAACACUAUUACUCAUGAUAGCAUUUUAUCUAGAUUGUGUAACACAAUUAGGCUUCUUUCAUUAUUGGUUCCUACUAUAUAUCGGCUUAUAUAUAACUUUAGUUUAAUUCUGUAUAUUUCCCCUGUAGAGCUAUUAAUGAAGAGAAUAAUGAAAUGAAUAAAGUAUUACAUCGUCCAUCUGGUCAGUGGGAUACUGUUCCAAUGGUAGCUAGAAGAUAUAAAACGGACGGUAUCAAUUGGUGCGUUAUCGGUGAUGAGAAUUAUGGUGAAGGAAGUAGUCGAGAACACGCUGCCCUGGAGCCUAGACAUUUAGGUGGUCGUGCAAUUAUUGUGAAAAGUUUUGCACGUAUACAUGAGACAAAUUUGAAAAAACAAGGAAUGCUUCCAUUGACAUUUGCAAACCCAUCAGAUUAUGAUAAAAUUAAACCGUCAGAUAAAAUUUCCCUGUUAGAUUUGAAAAAUCUUCAACCUGGCAAAAACAUAUGGAACUCAAAACGACUGCCAACCAACAUCAAAGUCAGAAUCUUUAAUACGAACGUCAAGACAGUUCUACCGUAUGGAAAUGAAAUGUGGAGAACUAUUACAACCAUCAUCAAGAAGGUACAAAUAUUUAUAAACAGUUGUCUAAGAAAUAUACUGAAUGUCCGUUGACCGGAUGCUAUCAGCAACAACCUUCUGUGGGAGAGAACAAACCAGUUUCGAACUGAAGAGGAAAUAAGGAAAAGACAUUGGAAUUGGAUAGGACAUACAUUAUGGAAAUCACCGAACUGCAGCACUAACUUGGAAUUCUGAAGGGAAACGGAAAAGAGGAAGGCCAAAGAACACACUGCGCUUGGAAUUGGAAGCAGACAUGAAAAGGAUGAAUAGUAACUGGAAAGGAAUGCCCAGGACAAGGUUGGGUGGCCUAUGCUCCUCGACAAGGGUUAACAGGCGUAAGUAAGUAAUAUACAAUCCGUUGUAUAUAAUGCAAAAAGAUAAAUCAGAAGCCGUGAAAUUUCCUGACGUUGUGGAAAAUAAGUUGGAAUUCGUAAAUAUUCUGAAUUGUAAAACUUCAGUUAGUUUAAAAUAUUGUGUGACUAUUAUUAAAUAUCCUUCGUAACUGAGAUCUCCAUAAUCAUAGAUAAUAAUGAAAGCUUAUCAAUCAUGAAUACUCUGCUAAAGUUUGAUCUAUUCAUUUAGAAGUGUAGAAAUAUAGUUUAGAUGAAUGGUUUGUCAAUUAGUCACUGAUAUAUGUGUUAGCCCAAGUUCCUAUAUCAUAUCAGUACAAUGAUUUACAAUUUACAAGAUGAAUUGAAAAAGGAAUUUGGAAUAAUCAUAGUAAUAACUAUAGUGAGAGCGAUCAAAGGUAGAGACAGAAUGACAAAAUAUGUAUCAAAAAGUAUUGUAGGUUAAAAUCGGAUUGAAAUAAGGAGUGAUUGGUUCUGUUCUCUCUGCAACCAAUUGUUUGCUAAAUGUUUUCAAAUUGAAAUUUUUUGAAAUUUGUUCGAUUUAAGGGUAGUUUUACUAACAGAUUAACAUCAACUGUUGAAAAUCUAGAGGCAUUCAACUUCUCGAUAGUUUCAUACUCACAUCACUAAUCAAGCUGAUUAUAACUGUUACGUCCUGCGGUCAUCCGAUUCCACUUGCUGAAAUACUCUGCUUAUUCUCUAGCCCAACUAAUUACUUGAGUGAGAAAACCAAGAAUGAACAACAAGCUUUUAUUGGUCUACUGAAUCCAGAAUAUUUGCACGACUCAUUCAUAGAUAUAUAUCAUUCUCUCUCUCAGAAAGUCAAACCAGAUUGUUAACCAGUAGCGUAUAUGUUUAUUUCCUCAGAAAGUUUAAAUAAAUCUUAAUCUAUCACUUCUCAUUUGGUCUACGUCUGAUCGACCCAGUUUAUCAAUAACACAUACAGUACAUUCGAUGGAUCUUUUCAUGACCAAAAAUUCACAUUGUUUUAAUUUUGAAUGAUGUUUCAAAUGAAUUUAACUUUACUUUAUAACUCUGAGUAUAAAUGUAAUUAUUAAUUACAUAUAUUUUUAAUACUCACACAUGCGAUAAUUUCUUUUAGCCUGUUCGUUGUGUAAUCCACCAUGAAAAUGGUAAAACUGAAGAAGUUCAAUUAUUGCAUACAUUUAAUGAGAAUCAAAUUGAAUGGUUCAAAGCUGGAAGUGCUUUAAAUCGAAUGCGUGAAUUAGGCAGUAAACAACAUUAAAUUCUGUCUAUCAUAUAACGUCUUAUACUUACUACCUUCCUUUUGAGAUAGUUGCUAACCAAUUUUUUUAAAAAUUUGUUUACUUUCUUUAUUUGGUUUCUUUGUUUAUUCUUCUUGAAUGAACUUCCUUUUCAUUCAACUCAUACAUUUCUAUUUCUAUGCUGUUUUGUAGUCAUAUAUAUCAGUUAGCUAUGCAAUUUAGUAAUCUACAAAUUACGCAUUUUCACAUUAAUUUAUUCCCUCCCAAACUAUCCCCCACUUUCUCCCUCCAUAUUGUUUUGCAUUAGUAGAGUUUGAUAAUCAGUCAAUUGUCAUUUCAGAGUUUAAAAUAGUCUUGAUACUAUUUACAUAUAUCUAUUGAUUGUUAGUUUGCAUUUUCUCAAACAUACGUGCAUGGAUCCAUACAAACAAGCGUACAUAUGGUGACCUAUGAAAAUGGAACUACUUGUGCAACGUAUCGUUUUUUUUUCUCUGUUUUUUUAUAGACAGUGAAUAUUUGUGUUCAUUGUUUAAAAUAAACAACUUGAGCUUUUGUGAGUAAAAUGUUACAUAUGAUUAACGGGAAUGGUUUUGGAGAAGUAAAUUACUCAAUCCUUUUUUUAAUUGUUAUAUCUUGUGGCAUUGUGCCCCUAUCAAUGUGAUGGAAUGAUACCGCCAAUUACAGAAGAGUGAUUUAUCGACCGGAGCAGGGACGCGUAAACGCUUACGAUGAGUCUAGUGUUCUUAUCGAUCCUUCUUCCUGCCUAGCCCUGCCUGUUGAGUCCAGAACACCAAUCUCAGCUUCUGCUAUAUGAAUCAUAUAUUUCAAACAUACUGGGUUUAUAUACAAACCAAAAAGACUACAUCGUACCAUAAAAUAGAAAACAACAUUUGUACAUGAUCUAACCAAAAGUGGCUGUGAAUGUGAGAGACUGUAAUUAAUGGAAGAACAUGAAUAUCCAUAGUUUAGCUACUUAACAGUAAUGCAGUAAAAAUUUAGGUAUCGUAUUUGUCCAUAAAUAGUUCUCAAAAGUUACCAUUCAUAAUUCUCGUCAGGAUAUAGCACAUACCUUUCCAUUCUGUCUUUUCAAACCAUAUUCUCAAGAUUCAGUUCUUUUUAUCUCUGCUACUACAUUAUUUCGAUAUUCUUUGUUAUUUGCAUAUCGUCGUGUUGAUCUGUUAUGGUAACUUGAGUCAACGCAUAUCUAAGUCAGGCUCUGUUUUGAUCAUGUCUAUCUGUCUAUUCUAUGAUAAAAGUACCUUUAAAUAAAAGAUACACCUACAAAAGUCAUCUUAUUUUUCGCUUAUAUAUUCAUACUGGUUAACAUCGAUUUUGGAAUACGGUGUAUCUUAUUGGUUAAAAUUAAACUGAAUCAAAACGUUCGUGAAAAUAAUUACCAAUUUUUAUAGAUCUUAAGUAAAGAACCGAUUAUUUUUAGACCACCAUUGAAAACUAGGAAGCGCUGGGUGGCCGUUUCAUUCCAGUAUGGGACUCCUCAACAACACGUAUCCACUCCCAAGCACCUGUAAAUCUAACCCAGCAGCUUCGGUCUCGUAUGAGAAACCAGAACCUCUAGACCACUGAACUGGCACCCGAUGGUUAUUAAUGUACAACCCCAAUAAAUUCAAGAUAUUGCGUGACCAUCUAUUGUCUGCCGUAGUUACCUGUCUCACACCCAACAUUUUGGAACUCUACUGGUCACCGCUUCUGUAGGAAUUGAAUCUAGGGAUUGCCCCGAUCUAGAAUUUAGAUAUUUUCUUAUUCUUAAAGAAAUAAGUAUUACAAACCAAAUUAAAUGGAAAAUUGGACCAUUGAAUUGCAGUUUACUGAACUAAACAUUAGGUGCACUUUAGAAUGGUUGGGCUCUAUCUCGAAAUGAGGUCAUCGCUGAGCACUACUGCAAAUUCAGAAACUAGGGCAAAAAAGCUGUCCAGUAGCCCAAGCUUUUCCAACUGAUAUCAAUCCACCACGAAAAGCGCUAACAUAUACACAAACUAAAUUCACUUGAUAUUGUUUGUUUGUAUCUUCCCAUUGUUAUUUCGGACUGCAAUUUAUCAGUAUAUUGUUGGAAUUUGUGCCCUGGAUUCCACUGCUAUCCACUAUCCAUUUUGAUUAUAUAGAGCUCAGUUAAAAAUGAUUUUGCAAAAAACCAGAUUAGCAGGAAAUAUUACAUCUAUUCUAUUCUAAGCAUUUUCUCAUAGAUUUUCAAGAGUUAGUGUUGCGCAUGCGGAGGAAUAGACCAAUAAUUAUCAUGUUAAGUCCAAUGGUGUCCUUGGACUUUAAAUGGACAUUUCCUACUGGUCGAUAUCUGUUCACUUGUUGAAUAUUGUACAGAAUGUUGUUUUCUAUUUUAUG